CUGCGUACCGGUAGAGUGCAAUCUUGCCUAAAAAACAACAACAACACGCAAUGGAUCCGACGAUGAGCGGAAAGUGUUGAAUAAUUGUGAAUUAAGAGGAAGGUAGUUCACGAUACUACUAAAGUAACUCCGAAACAAAUGGUCUAAAAAUGGGAUAUACAAUUACGAUUGGAAGGCGAGUAUUUGACCUCAAGUCAGUAACAGUUGAGCCAGUGAUGUUUAUCUACAUGUUCAAUGUGUUCCUACAGGUUAUUACCUUUCAAGCACUUGUGUAUGACAAAGUAUGUCAGAAAGAGUUUAACACGACCGUCUGCCAAAAUCUUGACAAUAAAUCAUUUGCAAGUGAGGAGGACAUUGUGCAAAAAAACACCUCAACAUGGUUGUUAUAUUCCAACAUCACCAUGGGAAUCCCUGCCUUGUUGACAGUUCUUUUAUUAUUAGGUCCAUGGGGCGAUAGAGUUGGUCGGAAAGUUCCAGUUAUUCUGCCUAUCAUUGGUGCUAUUCUAAGUAAUGUCUCAAAUUUAGUGAAUUCUGUCUAUAUGAGUGCUCCUUUGGGUUACUUGUUAAUAGGGAAUUUUUGCAGUGGCAUAUUUGGAGGCUAUAUUGGUGCACUCAUGUCAAUGUAUACUUAUGUCGCUCACAUCUCAAGCCCAGAAUACCGGACAAUUAAGAUUGGAAUACUAGAAGCCAUGAUCUUUCUAUCUGGAACCCUUGGCACUGCAACAUCAGGCGUUAUGCUCGACCGUACCAGUUAUGUGUUUGUUUUUAGUUUGAUGACUGGUCUGCUUAUAGUUUUACUGGUUUACACAUGUUUGUGGGUGGAUAAUAUCAAGCCAGAAAACGACAGCCAGUCAGAGGGUCCUGCAAAUGGGUGUGGCCUGUUGCUAGGUGUUCUCAAGGACGUUGUUAUGUGUGUUUACAAUGGGCGUCACAACAAGAAUUUCCUGAACCUAGUUCUUCUGACCUUGACCUUGUUCCUCCUGAUGCUAGUAAUGGUUGGGGAGAACGACAUUAUCUUGAUCUACACCCGGUACCAUCCAUUUGAAUGGUCGCAAACCACCCUUGGUCUCUUCAAGGGUACAGAGUCCUUCCUCCGAGGCAUGGGGAUGCUUCUGCUGAUGCCCCUCUGCAAGAAGGUCUUUGGCAUGCAAGAUACUUCUGUCAUGCUAGCAGGGCUGAUCUCAAAAUCCAUUGCCCUUCUCUUCAUUGGACUGAGUAGCAACACAGCAAUGAUGUUUGCAGGUGCUGUCACUGGUGUCUUGCAAGGCUUUGGAUCUGCAGCUAUCCGAUCCCAAUGUUCCAGUAUGGUGCCAUCAAAUCAGCAAGGCAAAAUGUUUAGCUUGAUAGCCUUGUUUGAGAGCCUCGCAUCACUGGUCGCUACAAGCCUCUUCAACACAGUUUACAACAAGACCCUGGACUUCUACCAUGGAUUCUCCUUCCUCAUGGCUUCAGCAAUCGUGGGAAUUGGGGUCGCUGUGGGAAUUGUUCUACAUAUACGAAUAAGACGUGAUGGUCUGCAAGUAUACAACCAGCUGGAGGAUGAACAUUUGGAGAUCCAUCAUGCUUCAGUAGAGCCUGAAGUGGAAACAUAGUGUUGGUUGUCAUGUGCAAAUCCUACAUGAUUGAUUCAGUGCCAAAUAAGAACAAAAUAGUUUGUGUCAAUAUCCGCUUUUUAAAUUAUUUUCUAUUGUUAUUUAAUAACAUUUUUUUGUAUAAUGGUUGUUAUUAUUGAAAUGGGUGGUUGUCUCUUUUACAAGUGUUUUUUAUUAUGAUGAUUUACACCUUUUCUCUUUAUUAUCAAUUGUUAUAAAUAUUUUAAUAUAAUAUUAUGUGAAUAUAUAGUGGUAACUUGUUCCAAUUGUGUAAUUGUUUUUGUUGGAAUAAAAUUCUACUUCAUCUAAUUUAUUUAUUUGAUAGCAUGUCCUGUUAUCUUUAUACAGUGAAAAUAUAUUUUAUUUUAAACAAAAAAAAAUGUGUCAAUGACUCAAUGACUUCAUUUGCACCGGAAGACAAAAUUAUUUUUCGAGAUUGUUAAACUGCCCUUGUGCCUUAUAUAUCAUAAAGAUCAUCUUUCAUAAUAACAAGAAAAUGAGCCUUGCUCUGUGAAAAUGGGGUUAAAUGCAUAUAUGUAAAAUAUCAUGAAAGCGGAAAGUGCGGACUGCACAGGCUAAUCUAAGAUGACACUGUAAGCACAUGCAUUAAACCCCCUUUUCACAGAGCUCAGCCCAUAUAUGUUAUGUUUGAUAACUAAAGAGUUUCGUGCCUCAUAAGAACAGCAUUCACACUUGAUAAUAUGCAUAUUAUGAGAACUGCUUUGAACUUGAUUACAAAAACUGCUUUGUAGUUUAUUACAAGAACUGCAUGGUACAAGAUACCAAGAACUUCUAUGUAUUGUAUUAUUGUAUAAUUAAACAAGAUAACUUCAUCUUAAUUGUACUUGUUCAACUGUCAUUGUUCUUGAUAAGAAUAUAACUAUUUGUGUGCUCACAUUCACAAGUGCUUGCUAAAUUGGAUUGUAUGUAUGAAAGAAACUGUUAUGAAAACAUACUAACUUUAAAGGUCAAAGUUUUGAAAUGAUAACCCAAAUUUAUGAUGUGGUGAUGUUGUUGUACUUAUAUAGCAGGAUUGGUUUGUAAUGUAUGUGGUGAAUAAACUUAUUGCUCAUGUUGUACGUCCCAUUGGUCUAUGUUGUUAAACAUGUGCCCAUAUGAUAUGCCUGUAGUGAUGUGGAUUAGUAUUAAUAUAAAAAUUGUGAUUCCAUAUAUUAAAUAGAUGAUAUUUUUUAUUUAUCGCCCGCCAUAGGCCGUCCGGCAAUUUUGUGUCCGGAGCCUUAUCUUGAAAGUGCUUUGGCUGAUUUCAUUGAAACUUGGUAUGAGUAUAUAUAUGGAUAAGAGAAGGAUGCACGCCAAAUGGCAUUCUACACAAUCUGUUAAUAACGGAGUUAUGGCCAUUUGUAUCUUGAAAAAAAUGCUUUUUUGUCCGGAUCUUGGAAGUGCUUUGGCCGAUUUCAUUGAAACUUGGUAUGAGUACAUAUAUGGAUCAGAAGAUGAUGCACGCCAAAUAGCAUGUACACCAUUGGAUAAUAACGGAGUUAUGGCCCUUUGUGUCUUGAAAAAAUGCUUUUUAAUAUAGCACUUUUGUGUCUGGAGCCAUAUCUUGGAAGUGCUUCGACGGAUUUCAUUGAAACUUGAUACGAGUAUAUAUAUGGAUAAUAGGAUGAUGCACGUUGGCGUUGUCCAUCCGUCCAGAAAACUUGUGUCCUGAAGUAUAUUGGCGGGGGAUAUCAAUUCAACGAAUUUGCUUGUUUACUUUAGACAUGUACUAUUUUCAAAUUCAGUAUAUCAUGAAAUGUAUGUUACAUUAUUUCAUGUAAUAAUACAUGCUUUGUGUUCAUUAAAUGAAAUAAAAUAUUCAAUAUUUUUAA